AUGAAUACAGUGCUUACUCGGCCCUCAUUCUGUGAGGCCAAGACCCCAAUCAUCAAAGUCCCCGAACCUGGCCCCUCAUCUUAUUUCCGCCCGCCUCGCAACGGCGGAAAUUUAGGUCCCUUUUCACCUGUGAACGAGAAUGGAAGUUUCGAGUUCGAUCGGGUCUUGAAAUCGGGAAGGGUUUCCCGCCGAGUCAAGCACAAGCAUGUCUUUCGCGCCUCAUGGAAACAGGCCUACCUCGUACUCCGACCGAACCUCCUUUCCGUGUACAAGGAUGAAGAAACAACCCGCCUCCGUGUCUCGAUUUCCCUCUCUGAAGUUACCGCCGUUGCACCCGUGAAGUCUCCGCGAUCGACCCGCCAGCACGUUUUCGGCGUCUUUACUCCAUCGACCAAUUACCGCUUCGAGGCCCCGACUGAGCGCGAUGCGGAAGAUUGGAUCCAGCGUAUUCGUGCGGAAACCCCCGGCAACGAGGACGAGCAAGCUUUCCUGGCCUUGGCCAAGAAGCGCGAGCUCCCCUCCAUCAACAAACAACUUGUUGACGAGACAACCGAUCACUCUGAUUUCGACCAUACUGGCCGCGCCAGCUCGCCCGAGCCACGCCACACGCUGUCCCCGCGCAGUAACAAUGCCCAGAAACUCCCUUACAUCCAGGAUUACUCGGGCAACGAAAUCUAUUCACAUUCAGAGUUCUCGGAUGGACCCGCCCCAACCCGUCAUCACCAGUUACGUUCUAUGCCGUCUAUCCAUUCCCUGUCUCUUUCGGCGCAAGACGAUAAAUCAGCACCCCUACCAUCCGCAUCUUUGCCUCGAGACACAGCCAAGCAGUCUGACCUGGGUAUCCUGCGUGACCCGGAGCGAGUCAUCUGUCAGGGGUACCUGCAGGGGCUGCGCAUCCAAGGGACCGUGCGGCAAUGGAAAAGGCUCUGGGUUGUGCUGCGAUCUAAGAGUCUGGCCUUCUACAAGGACGAAGCGGAGUACUCUGCCAUCAAGAUCAUCCCCAUGUCUCAAGUUUUUGAUGCUGCAGAGGUGGAUCCUUUGUCUAGGUCGAAGAAGUUCUGCAUGCAGAUCAUCGCCGAAGAAAAGACCUAUCGCCUUUGCGCUCCAGAGGAAGAAUCCCUCGCGCGCUGGUUGGGCUCUUUGAAAAGUAUUUUGGCUGCACGCAGGAAAUUGGAGCCCGCCCCGGGCCCCUCUGGAUAA